AGCAGAGUCUGAUGGCAAUGCAGCCCCACUGAACUUCAGCCUGAGGCUGAAGCAACAAUUUCACAACUUGCAAGCUACGGUACCGUAAAGCCUAAAGGCUAAAGCACCAGGUUCUGGCGGCACCAGAAACUUUAGUCCAGAAUCAAGAUUGCCAUAGACGGAAGAGGAGGCGGAAGACGGAAGGGGGGCUUGUGCAGAAUCAUAGAUUGUGCGCCCUGCUUAGACCUGGCAUGCAUUGGUUCGAAGGGUGAUCUGCAUUCUUCCCUUUCCAGCCGCUUCGCAAGAAUUUUUGCCCUCACUUUGCAAACUGACGCUUUGUGUGUAGCUUGCGCAAGCAUCCGUGUUGAAACACUUGUUGUGUGGAGCUUGCUUCCAACGACCGCCAACCUUCAUUCCGAGCUUCAGCUCGAAACCUGACUCCAAUACUUUUACGUGCUCCCGGGCGUAAAUUCUGCAUCCAUUUAGGCGAAGGUGCAGUCUAGAUUAGGUUUGCGUCUGACAAAGCGAUAUGACAGUAAUGGCGGCCAGCGUCCAAGAUGCGCUGCUUUCGGUUCAAGACUUUACCCCAUUCCUGGCAAACCUGGCUGCUCCAACGCUGGUUGCAUUUUUGGCGCACCUGCUUUAUGUCAAGUUUAUGGUCGACCUUUUGAUGGCACGAGUGAAGCACAAGAUCUUUCCCCCAGCCAUGUCAGGCCACCCUGACUUUGAUCGCUGCGUGAGAGUGUAUGAGAACCAGCUAGAGCAGUACAUCCCAUUCCUGAUGAGCAUGUUUUUGUGUGCAAUCUUCAUCAACGGCAAUUUGGCGGGGAUCCUAGGGCUGCUGUGGGUGCUUUGUAGAUACCAGUACGGGCGCCGCUACCAGGCCCAUAGGUACGGCCGAGAUAUCGGGCGGUACACAGGUCCAGCGUAUCUCCUCAUUGCCGUGAUGUACAUCCUUCCUGUUGUCAGGAUCGUAUAUGUGUACGCGCAGUCAGUCUUCUGAGCUCUUAUGAGCACUGAAUGUUUGGAGACGCAGAGUUUGAUGGCCAGGUUUUGGUUUCUCCUGGUAAAAGGUUAGAGUCUGCAUCAAUCGCACGAGUUAUUAUUGAGCUCAGAUUGAGUAAGUUGUUUUGUAAGUAAGUUAUUCUAGCCCACUGUGGACUCAUGCAAGCUGAUUUAAAGAUAGAGACGAACAUCCCUUGUGUUUGCUUAGUGGCCUCGGCCGCGCACAUACUAAUGCACCUGAUGCAUAAAU